AUGGCCACUACUGCACAGAGCCCGGACUGCCUAGUAUCUGCUUUAAAUGAUAGCCCUGAUACCAGUUCCGAGGAUAUCGAAGAAGGGAGAGAUGUAUACCGGCCAGGCGGAUUCCAUCCCGUCUACAUCGGCGAUGUAUAUCAUGACAAGUACAAAGUGCUGAACAAGAUUGGAUACGGCGUGUAUUCCACUGUCUGGCUCGCCCGAGACCUUCAGGCGUCGACCGACGGCGAUGCCCGUGAAUUUGUUGCCCUCAAAUUCCUCACCGCUGAAGCCUAUGGCACAGAAAAGGACAUCUUCGAGAGGGACAUCCUGAAGCACUUGAAAGCCCAAGAUGAGGAACAGCUAGGGUAUGCACAAAUCUGUCAUCUCAUUGACGACUUUGAGCAUAAGGGCCCGAACGGGACGCACGUGUGCCUUGUGUUCGAACUUAUGGGCGAGACUCUCCGAAGCUUUGGCGCCUGGUUCCCAGAUAGCAUGAUCCCGAACGAGGUGAUGCGGCGCAUCACUAUCCAACUACUGUUAGCGAUUCACUUUGCACACAAUAAUAAUGUCAUUCACACUGAUAUCCAACCGAGCGAUAUCUUCGUCAAGAUCAGGGACUACACACUCAUUGAAUCCGGGUAUCUCGUUGAGGCGCCCAUUCCGCAGCAAGACAAGGCUGAGAAACGAUACACCGUCAUCCGUUCUCGCCCCCUUCGUCAGCAUUACUUUAACAACGACGACAGAUUCGACCACUUCGAUAUUGUCCUCGGUGACUGGGGCGUCGCAAGCUGGGCCGAUAAUCACCUCACAGAGGUCAUCCAACCCCUCGCUCUCCGUGCCCCUGAAGUUCUGAUCGUUGAUGAAGAUCAAUCCCUUGGAACGGCCAUCACCCGAAGAUCUUCUUCGAGGUCGCUGGCUAUAUGCACUUCCUAGCCUCUAAGUUGCUCUUAGAUAUUCCCUUGUUUCAUUAUUCAAAGGUCGCCUCAUCAAGUAACUAAGGUGCACAACCGGAUCACCGUGAGGGCAUCAAAAUCGUGAGGGCGGCGCCAGUCACCCGCUAGUCCAGAUGACAUUGUCACAACCAUCGAGCCGGUCCCACUAGAAUUUGCGCAUGACAGCAGCCACGGCGCUGGCGAUGUUCUCAGUAGUCCUGGAGGAUUCAGAAGCUAGGAUAAGAAGAAUUUCUGAAUUUUGACGACAAUGUAUAAGCUUGGUGGUGGUGUUGCAUAGUAGAAGAGUUCUCCUACACCAUAAUUUCGGUUUAUUGCUAGAAUUUCACGCGUCAAUACUCAGUUGCGAAACGAUAGAAGAGAGAAAUUUGUCAUAAUCUGGCUCGGAAGCAACCACUCCUAUUGAAUACUAGAAAUUAUCAGGGGCUGUGGUGUCUCUAAAAAGGUGUUUAUGCGGCGAACUAACCCUAACGCGUUUUGGUGUUUUAGUGUUUUAGUG